AAUAAAAACGAUACACCAAACAAGCCAAUCACCAGGUCAUGUCAUAGCAUUUGGAAGGAAAUUGUUUCAAAUAUGAAUUUCCGGAUGCUUUGAAAAAUUCUAAGGAGGAAUAGUUACCAAAAAUUACUUUUUACUGUAGUUUUUGCUGUUUUCUUUACCAGUCUUCCGCCGAAAAAAAAAUCCAAGAUGGCCGACGUAGGGGAAGUUUCAUCGGAUCAAGGGAAGUCAUACGAUAGGGCAGAACAUAGGCUUAAUACCGAUCAAAAGCAACAUCGAAUAUGUCUCGAAAGGGUAGAGAAAGCUAAGGAACAAUCAUCAUAUGUAAGAUUCAUGUUAAAUGCAAUGAGCAAGUUAGGAUGCAAUAUAGAUGAUGCAAAACACACAGUUUGUGAGCCGUGUAAUGGGAAGUUGCUUGGAGGGUUUGAUCCAGAUAAAAAAGAGAUGUUUCUGUGUGAAAAUACCAUUUACAACCAAAAAGCAAUGGAUGAUGUGUUAACACAUGAGCUGAUCCAUGCAUAUGACUACUGUAGAGUGAAAUAUGAUCCUGAUAACCUCAAACACCUUGCAUGCACUGAGAUUCGAGCUGCCAAUCUAAGUGGGGACUGCUUCUUUUGGAAAGAAAAUAUUGGGAGAUUUCAGUUUGGAUGGAAAGCACACCAACAGAAAUGUGUGAAGACACGAGCCGUAAAUUCUAUCCUAGCUGUCCGUAAUGUCAGUAGACAGAGGGCAGAGGAAACUGUGGACAGUGUUUUUGAUGCAUGUUUUAAUGACACAGAUCCGUUUGAAAGAAUACCUCCAUGAUAAUAUUCAGCUUGAAAUUUCUCUGCCUGUUGUUGUUGUUACCAUACCCACCACUCGAUCGGCGGCGCUGAGAAACAGACGAGCUUGCCGAUAUUUUUGUAGCAACUUUGUUCGCCUUUGAAAUCUCAUAGACAAACUUUGAUAAGUCGUCGCCAAACAACUGAGUAAUUACUGGCGUUGAAGCCAAACAUAGCGAUUGAAAAUCCUUGCUAAGCUCAGGCUUUAGCAGGUCUCUCCUUUUAAGAGAAGUGAGAUAACUCGCAUGACCCACAAAUGUGAUAGCAUCUGACAGGGCCAAUAAAAGAUCCGGGCUUCAGAGACUCUUUGUUUUUCUUCGCAUUGAUCAUAUCAUCAGUAACUGAAACCAGUACUUGUGCUGUCUUUAUGAUUGCCUUUUGGGCCUCUUGUAGCCCUAAGUUGAUCUGAUGCGCUCGCUUUGGCAGUUCGUUCCAAAGGAUAGAGUUAACUCUAGGAACACCCAACAUCUCGCAGUUGACAGGAGAUUUAUAAUUGUCCAUUAAAGGCUUCAAUUUGCCUUCGAGCGGCUUAGACGUGAACGACUCAUUCACGCGACUAGCAAGAGUCUUCGCCACUUCCGGACCCUUUGAUUCAUUGCAGAAAAGUUUAUUAGAGAUUGAGGUACGAGAUUUUAUAUAAGCAGUGGAACACAGUGACACAAAUCAGCAAAGUUCUAACAGCGCGCAGAAACAUAGCUCUUCUAAUAUCUCUUUAAAAGGGCAAAAGGGAGACAGCAACACAAACUAAAUAUAUAGAGAAAAUUAAGGCCCUUCCCCAGAACAAAAGAAAAAAAGGCUAAAAAAGCGAUAUUGGUUAGUUUAGAGAAAAUUAUACUCUAUAGUUGUUAGAUACUUUACAGGCGGUACGUUCUUCCAAAUAACUGUAUGAGUGCAGAGCCCACAAUUGUAAUAAACACCCACAAUUGUAAUAAGAAAUUGCACACAAAUUAAGUAAAUCCACAAUUGAAA